AUAAAUCAUUUAAAGAAAUAUUAGUAUCAAGCAUAAUUAAUGAAAAAAAAAUAAUCACAGAGCAAACAAAGAGGUUAGGAAAACUCAAAUGCCACACUGAAGUACAAGUAAAACUUACAGAAAAAAAAGCAAAGUUGCUUGAAGAAGGUAUAGUAGAGAAAUAUGAUAGGCCCGGAAGGCCAUUAGCGGCGAUGAUUUAUUCUGAUUUUUGGGAUAAAAUUCAUGAUUGCAUUGAGUUUGGAAGUGCGCACUCGAAAAGAAGAAAAGUUGUAAUCAAAGUACAUACUAUAAAACACCUCCGACAAGCUUUAAAAGAGAAAUAUAAUAUAUAUUUAUCUCGUCAAUGCAUAUCCAUAUAUCUUGAGCCCCGCCAUCCACAUACCACCUAG